CCCGCUGCGGCUGCCCCUGCCGCAGGAGCGGCCCGCGACCACCCCGGGCGGCGGGGGGCCGAGGAGAGGCCGCUCGCAGCCGGGCAGGGCUGCCAGCGCCGCGCCCUGCCCGCCGCUGGCUCUCGCGGGCGGCGCCUCCCAGACGCCGCUGCCCGCGGCUUCGGACGCCGCGGCCCCGCAGCUGUGCAGGCGCACCAUCUGCUGCCCCGCUGCCCUCGCCGACGGCGGCUUGCCCCUGUACGACGUGCUCACCCAGCCGCCAGAGAGCCCACGGCCGCCGCCGCCCCGCCGCCGCACUCUGCCCGCCGUGGCCGACGCCGACGGCCUGCCCGCCGUCCGUGCGCGGGGCAGCGGCGGCGGCGGCGGCCGGCCCGUCGCCGAGCCCCGCGCGGCGGGCGACGCCGCGCCAGGCGGCGGCGCCCGGCCAGGCACCUGCCCCGCCGCGGGCCCCGCGGCCGCCGCGGGCGCCGCGGGGCCCGCAGCAGGCCAGCGGGGCGCGGGCGGGCGGCGGCCGCGGCGCGGGGCGCCACAGUGCGCGGCUGCCUGGGCCGCGCCCGCGACGCAGGGCGGGGCGCGGCCGGCGCCGCCGCACAGCGCGCGGGCGGCGCCGCGCGCGCGGGCGGCGCCCUGGUGGAGGGCGGGGCCGCGGGAGCCGCGCGCGGCCGUCGAGGCGAGCAGCGGCACGGAUGCCGACGCCCACCAGGCGCUGGGGCGAGCUUUCGCGUCGGCGUUCGGGCCGUCGCUGCGCAGCGGGGCCCCCGACGCGGAGCCCGCGGAAGGCACCGCCAGCAGCGCGGGCCCCGAUGGCCCCCCAGCGGCCACGGCCACGCCGUCUCAGCGCCGCUUCAGCGCAGCGGCGGCGUGCAGCGCGGGCCUCGACGGCACUCCAGUGGUCACGCCGUCUCAGCGCCGUCUUACCGCUCCGGCCGCUGGCAGCGUGGGCCUCGAUGGCCCCCAUGUGGUCACGCCGUCCCAGCGCCGUGUCAGCGCUGCGGCUGGCGGCAGCGCGGGCCUCGAUGCCACCCCUGUGGUCACGCCGUCUCAGCGCCGUCCCAGCGCAGUGGCCGCCCUCAGCGCGGGCCUCGAUGGCACCCCAGAUGCCACGCCGUCCCAUCGCCGCCUCAGCGCAGCGGUGCCGUGUGCGUCGUCGGACUCCCUCCAGAGCUCGGUCGCGCCCGAGGGCCUCGGCCCGGAGCCCCAGGACCCGGCUGGGAGCCGCGUGCAAGGCCCCGUGUCGGGGUGGCGCAGGUUCCGUGCGCUCCCCAAGAAGGAGCUGGCUGCAAUCCGGAGGGCCUUCGAACAUUUCGACCUGGACAAGUCCGGGUUCCUCGAGGGGAACGAGAUCGGCGCCGUGCUGCGGGAGUUCGGGCUGCGGGGCAACACCGCCGAGGAGAAGGUUGAGAUCAUCAGCAUCUGCAGGGAGGCGACGCGCUCGUCCGGCGACAGCGACGACGUGUCCGUCGACGUGGUGUCGUUCGCGCUCGACGUGAUCCCCGAGGCCCGGCGGAGGCUGGGCGAGCUUCAGGCCACGAAGCUCCUGCAGCGCUUCGAGCUGAUGGACACCACGGGCGCAGGGAGGCUCAAGCUCCGGCAGUGCAUGGAGAUCUCCCGCUCGCUCGGCCUGGACCGCUCCGUCAUGGAGACGGUCAUUGCCGACAUGGUCGGCGACAAGCAGCACGACAUCACCUUCGGGGAGAUGCAGGACAUGAUCGUCCGCAGCCGCGAGAUGGUCGAGAGGAUCGUCAGCGAGCGCGAGCGGAAGAUCAAGGAGGAGGCCGGCAUCGGCCCCGACGCCUUCGCGGAGCUCCGGCAGGACCUGAUCCCCCUGCACGAGACAUUCAGCAGGCAUGUCGAGGAGCACAACCCCAGGGCGAGCUGCAAGCAGGCCGAGCAGGUGCUGGCGGACUUCGGCACCCUCCCCAAGGACCCCGUGGAGCGCCAGAAGGUGGCCGAGUGGCUGGUGAGCCUGGCGGGCUCCCGAGAGGAGGGGCGGCUCUCCUUCGCCGACCUGGUCGGGGUCGUCAGGAGCAUCCGUGGACAGCAGCGCCAGGCCAAGUUCGCCGUGCACCUGCGGUGCUUCGAGAGGCUGGACCGGCAGGGGAGCCGGCGGCUGGCAGUGGGCGAGGUCUCGCGCUUCCUGACCGCAGUCGGGUGCUGCCCGAGGACCCGCAGGGAGCAGGAGGAGGUGGCGGAGCUGAUCAAAGAGGCGAGAGUCGAUAGCAGCGGCUCGGUCAGCUUCGAAGAAGUUCAGGUGUUGCACCAGCGGCUGGAAGAAAAGUUCCAGAGCAUCCGGUACGACGAGGAGGUAGAGUACGCCCUGUCGCUAAACUUCACGGAGAGCCAGGUGUACGAAUUCCGUUGGGUCUUCGACACCCUGGACGCAGACUGUUCUGGCAUGCUCAGCAUUUCUGAAGUGAGGAGAGGCCUCGCUAUGAUGCGGAAGAAGGUCGACAGUAACGUGUUGGAGGAAACGUUCCUCCAGCUCGACGUCGACAAGAGUGGCGAGCUUGAUUUCCGAGAACUCCUUGAUCUUAUGCGCCUUUUGCGCGACGAGGAGGGGAUCUUCUCCGAAGAGCAGCAAUUGUUUCCCAAGCAGCCGUGCCAGUUGGAGGUACAGAUCAUGCAGAGAACGUUGGGGUGCUUCAGCCUGUCUAAGGCGUACGUCGCUUCGUUGUCCAAGGAGGACCUCCUAACCCUGUUCUGCGACACCCUGGACGUGAAGAAGGACGACGACAUCUACGCCAAGCUGAACGUGAAGAACACGGGGGAGCUCUUCGAAGAGGCGCGCAGGCUUGGGGAGAUCUGGCGUUCGUCAAAGCGGGCCCCCACCGGAGCCGACCCCGCGACGGGACCGCUGUAGCAGCGCCGCGGGGCGCUUGUAGCCCUCUGCCGCCCGGCCACGCGGGGCGGAGGAGGGGAAAGGGGGGAGUCUUUGUGGGUGAGAAGGGUAUCCGCUCGGCACGGCAGUCGACGUGAAAAUCGCCAUAGCAGUCGACAGGGCAGGGUGUCCCUCGAAUUGUUGGCACCCCUGAGCGCUCGCCCUGCGUCGAAGAUGCCUGGGCGGCGUUUCUGGGCCGGCCCUGCGACUUUGCAUCGUUUCGAUAUGCUGUUCGGGAGUUUGUUGGCUUGCGUUUGAACGCUCGCUGGCCCCGUGGUUGGAUCACCUCAGGCACACAGCUUUAAAGUAGCUGUGUGUGUGCCCGCGGUGAGGAACGAUGCCCCUGGCACACGGUGCCCCCAGCUUUUCGCACCAUUAUUUUGGAGCCCUUGGGGCCUUCAUGGCCUCCCGAGGGAUGCUCUGGAAGCCGUUUGGGCGUCCCCAGAAAUCCUGGGGACACCUUGGGCCAGGGAUCGGCGGCGGCCGAGAGGAGGGCUGCGGCUAGGUGAAGUGCCAUGAUAUCUCCUCGGAUUGCAUGGCGUGGUCGCUGUCGGAGACGCGAUCACGCCGCCUCGGCGCUGUUGUGGGGCUCUUGUCGAGGUGCCAGCCGCCCUUCUCUGAGCAGCAGGUACGCUUGCCACGCCGUCGCUGCGCUCCAGGGAGCCGUUCUUCACUCCCAAGAGGGAGCGAGGGAUUUUGUCCAACCAUCUUGUGGUGUUGAGUUCUCGUUUCGAAGAGACAGCGCCCCGCGUCUCCUUCCCUCCCGGUGGCCACCCCUCUCCUCCCAUCCCUGCCUCUGCAUCCGCA